AUGAACAGGCUCAGUGCUCAGCAAGCUCCCUGUAAGCAUAAGUUUUUUAUUCUUAAUCGAGAAGAAGGUUUCCUGAGUACAGGGGACCAGGCUGCAAAAGGAAACUAUGGCCUCCUCGAUCUCAUACAGGCUCUACGGUGGACGAGUGAGAACAUUGGAUUCUUUGGCGGUGACCCCUUGAGAAUCACUGUGUUUGGCUCCGGUGCUGGGGGUUCAUGUGUCAAUCUACUGACCUUAUCCCAUUAUUCUGAAGGUAACCGUUGGAGCAAUUCAACCAAAGGACUUUUUCAACGAGCAAUAGCUCAAAGUGGAACAGCCCUUUCCAGUUGGGCUGUUAGUUUCCAGCCAGCAAAAUAUGCUAGAAUGUUGGCCACCAAAGUGGGUUGCAAUGUUUCAGACACAGUAGAAUUAGUGGAAUGCCUCCAGAAGAAGCCUUACAAAGAACUCGUUGAUCAAGAUAUUCAACCAGCCCGUUACCACAUAGCCUUUGGACCUGUGAUUGACGGUGAUGUAAUACCAGAUGACCCUCAGAUCCUAAUGGAACAAGGAGAGUUUCUCAACUAUGACAUCAUGUUAGGAGUUAACCAAGGGGAAGGGUUAAAAUUCGUAGAAAAUAUCGUCGAUAGUGAUGAUGGUAUAUCAGCUAGUGACUUCGACUUUGCUGUUUCCAAUUUUGUUGAUAACUUAUAUGGAUAUCCCGAAGGCAAAGAUGUUUUGAGAGAAACGAUUAAAUUUAUGUAUACGGACUGGGCUGACCGCCAUAACCCAGAAACCAGAAGGAAGACCUUACUGGCUUUGUUUACAGACCAUCAGUGGGUGGCACCAGCUGUAGCUACUGCAGAUCUUCACUCCAACUUUGGUUCACCCACAUACUUCUAUGCCUUUUACCAUCAUUGCCAAACAGAUCAGGUUCCAGCCUGGGCUGAUGCAGCCCAUGGAGAUGAAGUUCCCUAUGUUUUGGGAAUCCCCAUGAUUGGCCCUACAGAGUUAUUUCCUUGCAAUUUCUCCAAAAAUGAUGUGAUGCUGAGUGCUGUUGUGAUGACAUACUGGACAAAUUUUGCUAAAACUGGUGACCCAAAUCAACCAGUCCCUCAAGACACAAAAUUCAUCCACACCAAACCCAAUCGUUUUGAAGAAGUAGCAUGGACCAGAUAUUCUCAGAAAGACCAACUUUAUCUCCAUAUUGGAUUAAAACCAAGAGUGAAAGAGCAUUACAGAGCCAAUAAAGUCAAUCUGUGGUUGGAGUUGGUCCCUCAUCUGCAUAAUCUCAAUGACAUUUCUCAGUAUACCUCCACAACAACUAAAGUGCCAUCAACUGACAUCACUCUCAGACCAACAAGGAAAAACUCCAUCCCCGUCACAUCGGCCUUUCCCACUACAAAGCAGGACGAUCCCAAGCAACAACCAAGUCCAUUUUCAGUGGAUCAGAGAGACUACUCUACAGAGCUGAGCGUCACGAUUGCAGUGGGAGCGUCGUUACUGUUUCUGAACAUCUUAGCUUUUGCAGCCCUGUACUACAAAAAGGAUAAGAGGAGACACGAUGUGCAUAGGAGAUGCAGCCCUCAGCGUACUACCACCAAUGACCUGACCCAUGCACAAGAAGAAGAAAUCAUGUCCCUCCAAAUGAAGCACACUGAUCUGGAUCAUGAAUGUGAGUCCAUCCAUCCACAUGAGGUGGUUCUUCGGACCGCCUGCCCCCCAGAUUACACACUAGCUAUGAGGAGGUCCCCUGAUGAUGUUCCCUUAAUGACACCUAACACCAUUACUAUGAUUCCCAACACUAUACCGGGAAUCCAGCCCUUGCACACAUUCAACACAUUCACAGGAGGACAGAACAGCACGCUGCCCCAUCCUCACCCCCACCCACAUUCACAUUCAACAACCAGGGUAUAGCCAGUAGGAGAAACAAACUUUUUUUUUUGAUGGACUGCAGUAAAAGUUGACUGAAGAUUCCUUGGCUCUCAACCUACAAGACUCUCACUAUUUAAAUAAG